GUUCGCUCCAGAGUUUGUGUACUAGACCUUGGAAAAUAGCCAGGUCGACGUGGAGACCAAGAGUUUAUUUUUCUAGUAAGUACAGGCUUUUUGUUUUUACUUUUUGUUUUUACUUACCUAGAGCUACUUCAGCUUUGAGGAAUGUAGCGACUUUUUUCUUGGGAGAAAGGACUAGUUUGACACAACUCGUCAAAAUGAGCGGGUCUACCACCUCCGUUCCCGAGGAUCCCGCCGCCCCACCGGUGCAUCUGAGUCCUACCGAUCGUGAUCCGUUUUUUGGCACCCUAGGUAACUUGUGCUUUCGGAAGGCGGACGCACCGGCGAAGAACUGGGUCGGUGCGCGUUCCAAUGUCGGCGUCAAUCUCGCAAGCGGGGGGAAGGUCGCCUUUCAAGUCCUCCUGAAGACGCCGGGCGUGGCGCGGUUUGGCUGGAGCACGAAGGAUGCCACACUCGAACUGGGUAUGGACGCGAAGAGCUUUGGCUGGGGCGGGACCGGCACCAAGAGUACGAACAAGAAGUAUCAAAAGUACGGGCAGACUUUCGGCGUGAACGACACGGUGCUCGCCGUCCUGGAUGCGGACCGACACACAAUCACCUACUACAAGAAUGGUGUGGCCGCCGGCAGUGGGGACGCGUUUUGGAUCCCGCGAGAGCUCUGGCAAGAGACCUUUUACGCGCACGUCCUGACGAAGGAAGCAACUUUCUGCGUCGACUUUGCGGACGUUCGAGCGGGGUCGAAGUUCCCGCUGCCCAAAAACGCGAGCUGGCUUGCCGCACGCCGCCCGGGAGCCGUUGACCUGCGGCCACGCAACGCCGGAAUCCAAGAGAGCGGAGCAGGCGCGUACGGAUAUUUCAAUGCGCACGCAGACAUUGCCGCGGUCCUCGCUACUUCCGCAUCAACUUCCGCCUCCUUUGCCUACAACCCUCCGGGACGGAUGAAUAAUGACGCCGCUCAACAACCCGCAAGCGAUCCGAACUUCAAAAGCCAGCACACCUUGGGACAGGAGAAGCCGUGGCACCAGGCAAAAACCGAGUAUGUGAACCACUUCCGGGAGUUGCUGACGCACGAACACAAGGCCGAGAAGGACAAGCUCGCGAGCCGUGUCCGCAGGUCCUUAGACAGCCUGCAACGCGACGGCUUCGGGGUGGGGGGCCAAGUUUUGGACCGCGGACUCGCCGAGGACGUCGAGAAACACAAUAGUAACCAUCAAAAUCAAAAGUUUCUGCAAUUGGCGAAAAACGGCGAGCUGACCUUGCGGUGCGCCUCGCGGCCGUUUUUCCCCUACCUUUCGGAAGUGCACGUCGGCCGGGAGGUGGUUGUCACGCCGGAGACCCUGACGCCCGAUCCGGACGACGGCAGCGUCAGCAUUUUGGCGGACGUGGUGAAAUGGACACCCGACAAGAAGUGUCUGAUCAUUCAAACGUCCUUCAGCCUGUUGCCUCGUGCCGCGAACGGGAAGUACCGGCUGGACCUCUCUUGCAACGUGACGACGUUCAAGCGAAUGGAUUUGAUUCUCGACGCCAUCCAGCGGGACGGCGGCGCAUCCAACACGCAGAUGAAAAAGGACAAGUACCGCCUCGGACUGCUGCUUUCCGGCACGCCCCUGGCUGCCGCCGUCUGCGCGGACAUCAAAAAAACCUCAUCCGCGGCCCAAAAGUGGGACCCGCUGGACCGCGCGUCUUCGGAUGCAAAAGCCGCCAUCAGCGAGGCAGCGGCGGCACGGCCGCAGGCCGCGAAUGCGUACGAAACGAAGUCGGAUCUCGGGGAAGCGAAGCAGGUGGUCGCGGAGACUCUGAACUUGUCGCAGAAAAACGCCGUUGCGCAGGUGCAAAACCGGAAGUUGACCUUCAUCCAGGGGCCGCCAGGUACCGGGAAGACGACGACCGCAGCGGCGAUUGCCGUGGAGUGGCUGAAGAAAAACAAGGGGCCGGUGUUGUGCAUAUCAAAUGUCAAAAUGUCUGGGUCUGGAAUAGUGCGUGAUUUGUCAUGCUGCUUUUCCAUGACCCAUGAGGUCUGGAAUGCCGGACCUAGCAUGACAGAUUCUGCGAGACCUUUGUAAUGCCUAUUCUGCAUCAGGAACUACCUCCUGACUUGGUCAAAAUUGGGCGACUUUUGGUAAUCAUGCAACACAGAUUUUUGCAUAUCAAAAGGAAACAUCCCCCCUCCCCAUAUCGAAAUGGAAAUCUGUGAUGCAGGAUUUGGGUACACAAAUCGGAUUUGUCUUGCAGUAGGGCAUCGCAGUCAGAUCCUCGGCCUAGGUAGGGGCGUAUAGGUCUAGUUGCUUAGCAUUGCAAACGGGUGUCCCCUAGGCGCAACAGCAUGCCAAAUCGCUUCCAUAAUGGUGCGGAAGCCUCUGCGCUUGUCUUCUUGCAAGACAGACGUGAUUUGUGGCCUCAAAUCAGCAACACAAAUUUUCGGAAACAUACCUUUUCGAUAUGGGGAGGGGGGAUUUUUCCUCAGAAUAUUGCAUGCUGCAGAUUUAGCAUGACAAGUUGCAAUCUUCCAGACCCAGACAUUUUUACAUUUGAUAGUGCACCGCGUUUUCCAACAAGGGUACGGAUCACUUGGGGCAGGUGCUGACGAACAAGUUUAAGCUGAACGUGGUGCGCGUGGGGCUUUCGCCCGUCGAUUUCUCGCUCGACGCACUGAUAGAGCAGUACGGGGGCACCUUAGCCAGCAUCAUCUACGACUGGGCGGACGUAUAUGGAAGUGUCAGAAUCGAAAUUGACAAAAUCGGAAAAUUUGUGAUGCACAAAAUCGAUGCCAGUUGGGGCCUCAGUUUCCAAGUGGCACAUGACAAAUUUCGGGAGCACCCAAAUCCAGUCUGUCAUGCUGUUGGGGCAAAGAGGGCUGCUCCUGGCAUGCUACUUCGGCAGCAAAUUGCAUACCCCUAAACAGGCUACCUUACAAUCGGUCUCAUUUGCCUGCCCCCCAAUACAGGUCUUGCGUGCCAUACAUUUUAUGCAUGACAAGUUUUUCGAUUUUGUUGAUUUCGAUCCUGACACUCCCAUAACGUAGUUUGCGCGACCUGCGUCGGCUGCGGGAUGUCGAUUUUGAAAAAGUUCGAGUUUCCCUAUGUGAUCAUCGACGAGGCCUCGCAGAUCGUGGAGCCCGCGGCGCUGAUCCCCUUGACGCGCGGCUGCGUGCAGUGCGUGAUGGUCGGCGAUCAGUGCCAGCUUCCUCCCACCGUGAUGGCCGACGAGGCGGCUCGGGGCGGGCUCGGGGUGAGUUUCUUUGACCGGUUGAUCCAACAGGGGAUGGAGGUCUUCAUGCUGGAUACGCAGUACCGCAUGGCCCCGGUGAUCAGCGCGUUUUCCAGCGCCCGGUUCUACGGCGGCAAGCUGCAGAACGGGGUUUCGGACCAGGACCGGCCGUUCGAAAAGCUUCGCGUGCACGGGGGGGAGUUUUCCAAUUUGAUGUUCAUCCACGUCGAGGCUUGGGAGCAAACGAGCGGCUCUUCCAAGUCGAACGACGAGGAGGCGAAUUGUGUCGUGCACCUGGUCGAGCAUUUUUUGAACUGCCGAGUGUGUCCCUCUAUCAAAUGCAAAUAUGUCUGGGUCUGGAAACUUGUGAUGCUGAAUUGCGCAUGAUUGAAGCGCUUCCAAUGGCAGCCAAGCAUGACAAGUUUUUGAGACGCCCGCUGAUGCAUAGCACGCAUUACAAAUUGCGUUUUUGCAUGACAAAGAAAGUUUCUCUUUUGCUGCUCAUGCAACACAGAUUUUCCAGGGAUGCUUGACACGCAUUACAAGUUCCACUUUUCCAGACCCAGACAUUUUUGCAUUUGAUACCCGCCAAGGAAAUUGGCGUGAUCAGUCCGUACUCCGCGCAGGUGGGGAAGGUUCGGAGCCGGUUGUCGAAGUGGACCAACACGAAUCCGGAGGUGAAAGACGUCCAAAUAAGCUCCGUGGACGCGUUUCAGGGAUCGGAGCGCGAGAUCGUAUUGGUGUCGCUGGUGCGCGCGAACGCGGAGGGCAACCUGGGUUUUGUGCGGGACUGGCGCCGGCUCAAUGUGGCGCUCACGCGCAGCAAGAAGUUUUGCGGAGUGGUUGGAAACUUGAAAACGCUGGCGAAGAGUGCGAGUAGCAUCACGCACGAGAUGCUGCGGUUCCACUAUCAACAAGUGAAGAAUUGUAGUUCUGGCAGGUCGGAAAACAAGCGCGCGGCUUUCGCCACGUGGGACGCGGUAGAGAAGGAACUGCUGCCGUUACCGGGAAAUUUCUUCGACUCAUACUUCAGCGAAACAUUCUUGCAUCCACGAAGUAGAAGAGCCGCAGCAGGGGCACCGCCGGGAGGCAAUCGUGCGGGGGAAGUACUAGCCCAGCAAGAAAUUAUAUCCGCAAGUACAGAAGAGACGCCAGUAGUGGAAGUCGAUUCAGGCGAGUCCUGGUUGAAGGUUGUCGAAGUUCAGCCAAUUUUGGCGGAAGGAGAUGAGGAGGACUGGGACCAACUGAUGCCCCCUCCUCUCAUCCCCGCCGUUGAUGGAGAGGCACAACCUGGGUCCACCGGCUCCUCAGCAAAAAGACCGCGCGCGGAAACCCAAGUGGAUGAAUGGUGAGUAGGGUUUUUGCUGCUCGGUUGCGCGCACUUUUAUAUCGAGAAUUUUUUUCCCCGAUGCCGGAAGAUUCGGAAAGCAGCACCAAAAAUGGUCAGAAUGUAAGUAUACGUAGACAGGUUCAUCCUGAUCCUCGCAGACUCACAUCGCCGCGGGUGACGAUAC